UUCAAUGACGUCAGAAGGGGAUGGUGGUGGCCAUGAUGGCGACAGUCGGGUGCGUGGAAACUGGAUUGUUGGAUAAUGAGAGUUCUGCAAUGAGGGAAGGAUAUGAUUUGACCAAGUUUUGCAAAAGAAAUGGAAUGCAACAUGAAUGCUUUGUGGAAGACAACCCACAGGAAUCGCAAGAACACAAGGCAGUCGUAGACAAGAGGUUGCAGUGCAGAGGGUCAGUACAUGGUGUUGGAGGGAUGGCAUCAGCGGCGACGGUUUUUGCAAAGCCAUCGAUCCCAUCGCUUCGUUCAAGACAGUUUAAAACUCCAUCAGAACUUUUGAAGCGAGGUAAAAAGUUUGAAUUGGCGGACGUAUCUGACGAUCUCGUUCAAAGAAGUGAGACGAACGGCUCAGGUUUCAGCGUACGCACCCGACGAGAGAGGAGAGGCAGCGAGCUCCUCCGUGUCACCGGCCACUCUCCCUCCUCUUCCUCCUCCUCCUGUUUCUUAGGCAGCAGCAACCACGACCUAAAUCAUCAUCACUAUUCCAGUCUUAAAGGCAGCAGCAACCAUAACAACAACAAUAAUAACAAUUCUAGUUUCAUAUCGGGCAGCAGCAACAACUGUAGCAGCAGCAAUAGUGGUGCCACUAGCAACAGGAGCAGCGGUAGCACCACAAACAGUAAAAGCAGCAGCACUUCUACCUCUGCGAAUAGCAGUAAAAGCAGCAGUGGUUGUUGCUCCCCGGCGAGACGCGACCCGAGCUGUGUGGGCGAGAGCGGUCGUGGCGCCAGGAGGAUGGGCGUGUUGUGCACCGAGAAGCAGUGCGACGGCCACGGUGGGGACAGGUCGUGCUGCUGUGGGGGCGUGUCCGCCAACUCGCCCCGCCCCGCCACGCUGCCUUCCUUCCCCGAGCAGUGCCUCAAGGGUAGCGACGACGGCGGUGGCGGUUCCGGGGUGGUUGCCAAGGGCAACAAGAACCACGUGGCCUUGUCGCGAAAGAGGUCGCUCGACGCGACCUCCUUGGAUCCUGAAGACUCUGCCGUCCCCGUGUCCAGGCGUCGCACGCACAGGUCUCCUUCGACCGGCGCGCUCAAUGGAACUAUAUGUCACGUGAUCUCUAAGGACAAGCUCAGUUUGGACAUUUCCGCGGCAGCGUUGGUCAGCGGUCAGAACGGUCUGAGCGGCGGCGGUGGUCAGCGUGUGGAGCUGGGCGGCAGGAAUGGCCUCAAGGUCUCCUCUGGCUACCUCAAUGGCAGCCGGGCUGCUUUAUGCUGUUUGGGGCUAGGGGCUAAGGGACAGUGCAACAAGUGUGCCACAGACCUCCAACACCGCCACAACAACCUCCACCACCCUGCCUACCACCAUAAGAACAACCACCAAUCUGCCGCCACCACUUCAUCGUCUUUGUUGUCGCCCUCGUCUCCGCCUUCACCGACGACCACGUCCCCAGUGGCGUCCUUCUCAUCGUCGUUAUCACCACCCCCUUCAUCUUCGCCAUCGUCAUCAUUGUCCUCAGUGUCCUCUCCUCCAGUGUUGUGCAGCCAGAACCAAAGCGGCCUGGGAGACAUUGCCGCUGCUACGCCCGCUGUUGCUCCUGGUUCAAAUCCUGGCAGCGUUCCUAUGACAACAGAUCCUCUGUCCAGUGAGUCGCUUUCUCCUGGCUCCCCGGAAGAUGCUAUUGCUCCCUCUAUUUCUUCCUCUUCCAGUCUCGGGGCAGCUCAGAGUGGCACCAUCAAACUACCACCGCUGCAUCCCUCUUCAUCUCUGCCGCCUCUCACCUCAUCAAGCUCGCCAUCACUGGCAGACUCCUCAUCUUUAGUUUCACCACGAGAGCAACAGCUCCCACCCCCACCAGCUCAGGGACCUAUAUCAGCUAAUACAGGCAGCAGCAACAAUAACAGCAGCAGCAGCAACAACAGCAGCAGCAACAACAGCAGCAGCAAUAACAGGAUUUUAAAGAAGAUUGGGGAUGAUGCCACAGCUCCAGCGCCUUCCUCCUCCAAAUGCAUAUCAGUGUCUCCAGGCUGUGGCGUCCGGCAGCGUUCUCUCUCAGGCAACAAUAUCUACGCACAAAAGUCGUUAUCAUCGUCGUCUUUGCAACUGUCUUCAUCAUCAGAUACAGGGGCAGAAACGCCGUCGUUAUCCUCAAUAUCGUCGUCCAUGUCAGCGUCUAAGUCAAAGACAACCCACACAUUGUUUUCAUUAUCCUCAGCAUCGUCCUCCUCAUCCAGUUCCUCCUCCUCCUCCUCAUCACCGUCUGUCCUCACUGCCAACAACGGCGGCGGCAGCAGUAGAUCCUCGCUGGUCACUGAGCCCUCUUCCCCGUCCCAGUCGUCCAGCGGGCUCGUUGAGUGCAAGUGGCGUGGCUGCAGCGCGCGUGAUCUUGACGCCAGCGACCUCCUGGAGCACCUACGCCAGCAUGCCGAGGCGCAGAUCGCAAGCAAGAGCUACGCCUGCCUGUGGGCCGACUGCAAGGUGUACAAUAAACCCUCCUGGUCCGGCUCCUGGCUGGAGCGUCACGUGGUCUCGCACAGUGGCCACCGGCCCUUCAAGUGCAUUUUGGACAACUGCGGACAGCGGUUCCACUCGCAGGCGGCGCUAGAGCGUCACGUUAACGGCCACUUCGCUGCCCAAGGACCUCAGGGCGCGAAAAAUGGUCGCAGUAGGGAGGAGGCGGCGGCCAGCCGACUGAUGCAGAAGAGACGGAAACAGCUCAAACGGCGUUCCGUUCAGGCCGUGAAGAAAAGUGAUGUUUUCGACGAGGAGACCAUGGCUGUGGUCAAGCAAGAACUCCUGGCCCUGACAGAGGUGGCCCAGCUUGACCUGACCCAUGGAUCUCUUAACGCCACAUUCCAUGGACAGAUUGUUGGUCGGAGAGUUUCCAAAGGAGGAAAUACCCAGUCCCUUGUAGAGUUCCGUCCAAGCAAUGUACUGGAGGAAAAGUGGUUGCCAGAAACAGAGGCAGCCUGCAUUUCCGACAUCUCCAUCCCAGUGUACCAUUUACCGCACGACACUGUGACUAACCUCCACAGCAGCCUGUACCGCAGGCAUCGCUUCCGCAAGCACCGACGGAAAUAAAGAGGCAGCAGCUCUACACCCCAGCCCCCAGCUCCCCGCACCGUCCACCACCAGCGUAUAACAACAGUCAUCGUCGUCGUCAUUGUCAUCAGUCCCCAUCUUUCAUAGCUGCAACCUUUGCUUAGUGAAGUCACCACCGUCAUCACAUCUGCCCCCCACCCACCCAACGUUGUGAUCUAGGAAGAGGACACUCGUUACUCAUGUGUCUUCUACUUAGUGUCUCCUCUCUCAGUGAUGACAACGGACUUCUGGAAAGAAUGCCUUAUCCAGCUGUUUUAGUACACACUGAUUAUUAUGGAGUUUGUACUUUGGUUGCUUGAGGAAGGGACUUGGUUGCUGUGUGCAUGUGUGUUAACAAAGAAGUAAGAAUGGUGGUAUUUGUGGUUAGGUGUUUUUACCUUCAGUUUGUUUGCUAACCAACUUGCUGAGUAUUUUGAUAGGUCCAAGAGUCACUCAAGCCUUGCUUUUUUUUCCUGUUGGGAUGAACAAUACUUUUAAAGAGUAUUUUAACCUUUCUCUCUGUUUUCUGUGACUGAAUUUAGAACAAAAUUGAUCUUUACAAGGCACUUGUUCCAUCACCCCUAUGGAGUAAAUAUGUUUGUUUGCUGACCUGUCCCACGUACAUCAGUGAUCACUGCCUUGUUCUGGCGUCUCCUCUUUUUAUGGAGAAGGCCUACCUCAGUACUGGUGAAGUUAUCUUAUACAGUAUCUUUAAAUCAUAUGCUGUGUUUGCACAAAGCGAAUAACUUAUUUUUACCGAUUCAUGUAUACCGGUACUUUGUGGUGCUCUGUUCCACAUGGUGUUGAAAGAUCCCGGUUUACUGCCAAAUGGAGGCCACUGGCCCGGUCAGUUCUCUAGACUAGAGGGUCACAAGACCAAUACCUCUGUGCCCCCGUGCUAACCUCAUAAUUUUUGUGUGACAAAACUUAUUGCCAUUGUGACUUUGCAUACUAGCCAGUUUUUUCACUCGCACAACUUGAACAGAUUUUUUAGUCUCUACAGCUCCAGUCAUAUAAAUUGUCCUCACAAGUUUUCAUUUCCCCCAGUUUUUGUUGAGUAUAUUUCCUUCACAGAGCUCCCGCCACUUCAAACCUAGUUGUGUAUUUUUACCGUAAUCUAGCCAAUUGCUUGUCUUUCAAAAAUACUAGCCAAUUGUUUCUGAAAUAUAUUCUACAUGUAAUCUUCUAAAACUCCAUAGAAAAAUAGUGGAGAAAUUGUUUUUAAUAUCUGUAAGAAAUUGCUGACACAAUCAGUUUUCAUCUGGGCAUGAGGAGUCGAGGACUCCAGUUUUACCUGAUCCUGUAAAGUGAGGGCUAUUUGAACAGCCUGGAGCUGUGAGGGUUAAGAAUUCUAACCUUUUAGAGGAUUACAUGUAUUAAUAAGCUUCUCAUAGUAUCUUCAAAUUGACAAUAUCAAAUGUCAACUGAUAUAUAUGUCUUGGUUGUAGAAGGCAGGAAUAAAAUGCUUGAUCUGUGGUCUAAAAAUAGCUCACAAAAUGAAAAAUUAAUAACAAUUAUAUCUUCAUAUGAACUUCAUUGGCAAAAUUUAAAAAAAAAACUUGUGAAACUUUUGUCUGAGUGAAAUAAAAGUCAAUUACCUUGAUUAUCAUUCCUUGCUUCAAAUUUGACCAAAAACAUUCCCCACGAGGGCUCACUAAUGUAACUAAUAAUGCCAUCAAGGUCAUAUUACCGGUGCCAUCUGCCCUAGAGGCAAUGGGCAUCAUAUUCUACAAAUAUAUAUGAUUAUGAUAUCUGAAAAUAUUAACAACGUUGUACUUAACCAUCUGAGAGAUUGAGCUGAACCUAUUCUAAUUAAGACUUCAUUGUGUGCUAGUUGGUUUUUCUUGUUCUCUAUAAAGUGUGCAAGAUGCUGUAUAAGUUUUUGUCCUCCGUUCUUUUUUUUCCAAAGGUUGCAAUUCAAAAAGGGUCAGUUGUGACUCUUAUCUGGCUCAGUAUGAUUUGGAUGCCUUUAUUUUCUUAUGUCUUUAAUCCAGAGUCAGGUUCAAAGUUGCACAUUUUUUUUUCCUUCCCUUGUAACUCCACAUUGUCCUCAAGAAGUAAAGAAAAAGGAACGGCUGGUUCUCAGUUGUUGUAAGAGAAAGUUGUGAGUUUUUACAAAGCUGGUGGGGACGAAAUGAAACUCUAGAUUUUGAUGAGUUCAGCCUUGACAUUUUCACUUUUGUAAAAGAUAUUCAUGCCUCUCCAGUGUGCAUCAUAUUUGUAUGUAAGCAUGUUUUUCUUUGAUAUAGUCCUGCUGCAGCCAAAUGUAUAUAGAAAUGCAUUUUCUGCCAACGCUCGAAGUCUUAAACAUUGAUUUUACAUUGCUAGAUAUUCACAGGUAAAUUAAGGAAUCUUUAGAUGAAGUGGCAGUGCGACUAUGACAUCCUGCAUUGCCACUUCUGAGAUCGUAGAAGGUGUCAAUGCUGCAUGGUAGAGAAGUGAUGAAACAUUGUUCUUUUCUUCGUUUACUAUCAUUUUUGUUAUGAAAAGUUACAGUCAUAAUGCCCAUACAAAGUAUAGUACUAAGUGAAAGAUGUGACAAAAGUUACGGUCAGCGUCACAUUAUAAAUGAUGUUAAAGCAGUUUUGUACAAAUUGUAAAUGUUUUUGUCAUCUGCCAUUAGCUUAACAGUCAACAACGCGACUGGCUCCAUGGCUGAGAUUAUUUGCUCACUGAAUACUUUCUACUCUUAUAUGGUCAGAACUACUGUUGUUUUAUGACCACUAUAAAUUAUUUAUCAUAUGGUAAGAUCAGCUGAGGAGAGCAGCCUAUGUAAGAUAACUUAAUUUUUACACUUAACCCAACAUCAAUGCAAUAAUGAUAGAAAUGGCAUUACUGUUACUGCUUUAUUUCAUAUCUUGUUAUUCCAUCCCUUACGGAGCCCUGAGCGAGCGUCACAUGCCAAGCUCUUCAGAUUGCGCACAGCCUCCUGAUAUUUCUUUGAUAUAAUGACCAUGUCAACUCUACAAACUAUUGUCUGGAUCAGUUAUAUCAUCAUGUACCACCACCAUUUUCCAAGGAAAAAGGGGAGGGGGGGGGGGGCUGAACUUUUUUAUGAACCUUCAGGAAGGUAUGACAACUGAAAAUCUCUUUCAUAUUUUUUUCUUCUUUUGAAGCCUAAUUGAGGAUAUCAAUAUUCAAUAUUUUUUAGCCCAUGGACUGAACUGGAACUGGCAUAAUUGCAGCUUCCUUGAUGUUGUGACAUUGACACGACACUACCUGUUGGAUUUUUAUUUGGGAGUGUGAAUUUUGUUAAUCCUCAGUGAAUUAAUGUCAAUGAAGGUGUUGCACAGUAGUCUGAAAAGGGGAGGCUAGAAUAAUUUUUAACUAAAUUUUCUGAGUGAUUAUGCUUCAGAAGUUUCAAAUGCCUGUUCAUUAACUUCUGUAUAGGAAGAUUACUGAUGGGUUUGCACAGCAUUAUGAUUUCAUGUUUGAAGACUAUGAGUUUGAAUAUAAACUUUGUUGCGAGGCAGGAGGCGAGAUUAAUUUUGUAUGGUAGAUAGGUGUUGUACACAUGUGUGUGUGAGUGACUGAAAACUGUGGACAUGUGCAUGUUGAUGAUCAGUCUUGGUAGAGAAUAUGCCAUGGCUUACAGGUUAGAUGGAAGGUGGAGAUUUACUUUAUCAGUUUUUACAACUUGCUCAAGAAUGAAAUAAAGUGGCAAUGAUGGCUCUAUGCACACAAUGA